AUGACCCCAAGUGUCUUCUAUGACGAGUCGACUCCGUUCACCCCUUCCGGUAUACCCAUCGCAUAUGCAAGCCCAGGAGUGCUAUAUACAGAGAGACCAAUCUGGCCUCUGAAAAGUUCUCAAGAAGCACACCUCAUGCGCUUCUUCGUCGACAGGAUCGCGCCUGCUAUAGAUCUAUGUGACAGGGAUCGGCAUUUCGCUCUUGUUGUACCGCAACGCGCAUCGCAAUGCCCAAUUCUGCUCAAUGCGGUAUUUGCAGCUUCUGCAAGACAUCUGUCCACCAUAUCCGACUUUGAUCCUAUCGUCUCCAACAAAUACAACCAAGAAUGUCUCAAACAUUUGAUCCCCAAACUCAGCGAUGCCGAAGCUAUCACAGAUGAGAACCUUCUUGCAGCGACAGUGAUAUUGCGCCACCUCGAAGAGCUCGAAAUAUCUAUGUCAGGCUCCGACGUUGAGAAUCAUCUACUAGGAACACACCUUUUGAUGAGUGCGCAAGAACAUCAUCGUGCCCUCGCUGGUGGACUCCGAAAAGCCGUAUACUGGUUCGGCCUCAGGCAGGAAAUCUACGUCUCCUUCGUCAAACAACGACCAAUUCAUGACUCCUUCAAGAGAUGCACCAUGGAUGUCCCGCUCAACCCUAUCGACGAUUUUGACUGGGCCAACAGCAUUAUCGCGCGAACUGGUGAGGUCAUACAAUUCUGUUUUGACGAAAGGGAACAUUCUACCACGAACUACGAUCACAUCGUCCAACACUUUGAUGCCUGGUUCAUCCAGAAGCCAGAUUCGUAUAUGCCCAUCUAUGCGGUGGAAGCCAAUCCGUCCAAAGUAUUUCCCGAACUCUGGUAUCUGAACGAUGCGGUUAUUACAGGAUUGCAACACUACCAUCUGGGUCGAGCACUACUCGCUGUAUACAACCCGAGGAUACCAAGACUCGGUGUUGCACAUAGAAACGCCUUGAAGGAGGUUGGAGAAGUGUUGAAAGACCAAAUCAAGAUCAUCUGCGGUAUAGCACUAUCAAACCACUCCAUCUCGGCGAGCUAUGUGCACGCAUCUAUGAUGAUUGCAAUGGGCGGCGACCGCUUUACAGAACGUCGAGAGCAGGAAGGUCUCUACGAGAUCUUGAUUAAAGCACAAAAAGAGUACGCUUGGCCAAAUCAAUCUGUGUAUGAGCAUCUCAAAGAAGUUUGGGGCUGGCAAUCUGGCACCACUGAAUGA